AUGGAUUUUUUGCUACUGUUCCUAGCGUCGUCCGCGGUUCUCGUUCAAGGGUACGGGAAAAGCAACGACCCGAACGACGAGCCGUUUCUGCCGAUAUACCCGGUAUACCCUUACAGCCCUAAAUUAAUUAAAAGGGGGACGGAGAAGGAGGCCGUGGCGCAACUAUCCGCGGAAUUGUACGCGCCGAAAGUCGACGCCAAGGACUCGUACAGCGCGAGCUACAGCCCCCGAGAUUCUUACUACCCUAAUUACGGCUCGUACUCCAAACUCCCCUCCUCGCCCGGUUACGCUUUCUACGGAUCUCUUCCGUACGAUCCUUACGCAACCCCUUACAAUCCUUACUCACCCCCGUACCCAGUUCCCUCGCCCUCUUACUCGCCUCCUAUUCCUCCUUACUCCUCCUCCUCCUAUCCCAAUUAUUACUACCAAUCUCCCUAUUAUUAUCCCAAUUACUACAACCAGCCUCUGUUCCCGCCGCCCCCGCUGCCACCGCCUGUCGUCGAUUACGCCGGCGACCCGGACGGUGGAUACCCCGAGUCGGACGCCAAGCAGAAGAAGCACGGCGAGGAUAAGAGUUACAGGGCCAAGGACGUCCAGUUCGUCGACGGGGCCAAUUACAUAUCCGGGGGUUCGAAGGAUCUCGACGGCCAACCGACGACCGCGUACAAAGCGGGCGGCGUCCAGCAGAAUCAGCUGGAACAGACGAGCAACGCGCAGACGAAAUAUUUCCCUAUCCCGUUGCCGAAAACGACGUACAGGGUGAUCAGCGUCGGCGGACAACCGGUGGGCCCCGAUUAUCCAUUGCCGCCGUCCUACGCGAAAGCUCAGCAAUUGGACGAGCUCGCGGCGACGAGGGGCCACCACGAUUGGGUGAAGGUGUUGGCGAAGAAUUUCAGGCCCGUAAUCGAGUACGGUGGAGCGGUCGACGCGAAAAAUGCCGCGACGAGUGACGACGAUCGAAACGACGAGGGGAAGGACGCGAGAUACGUCCCUGUCUCGACCGCGACCGCCAAGACCGGCCUUGCUUACGUGGUGAAUCCUAGCGUUCUUAGGAAGGUGAACGUUGGGCAAAGGAACGUUGGACGGAUCGUUGGCAAGUUGAAGAGCGUCAAGUAUCCGACUGGCGCGUACGCGACGAUCGAGAAGCCUGACAAGGAUCAAGGCGAGUCGAACGAUUACGAGAGCUCGUCUUCGCAGGAUAAUCAGGAUUACGACACAGCUUUGAGCCAGACCGACGGCAAGCAGCAAAAUUACGACGAGGAUCAAUCUUAUCAGAAUGAAAAUUACGUUACACAAACGCCUCGGUAUAACGGUUAUCAGUAUACCAGUUACAGUCAACCGCAGACGAUCACUCAGAGGCAAACGCAGCAGUACAAAAGUAAUCUGGAUAACGUGAAUUUUGGCGCCAAGACGAAAAAGGCGUGA